AUGGCAGCAACAACAUCCACUAGCGUGCGGAGGCUAUCAUCCGCCGACGCUAAGCCAUGUGAUCUGUACAGCGGUCCAACGGUUAUCGCUCCUCCCGAAGAUAUGAAGGCACCGUGCGAUGCAAACGGAACCGCCACGCGGCUGGAAAGAGCCAGGAAAAGCAUCGAUGAAACGGCCUCUGACAGGGCCACCCCCGAGGUUGAACCAGACCCAAGCAGUACAGACAAAUUCGCUAUCGCCUUCGAUAUCGAUGGUGUUCUCCUGAAAGGAGGGAAGGCACUUCCAGAAUCGAUCGGUGCGAUGAAAUACAUCAAUGGAGACAAUCCGUAUGGAGUAAAGAUCCCGUAUAUCUUCGUCACCAAUGGCGGCGGGAAGACGGAGGAAGAACGCUGCAUUGACCUCAGUCGCCAGUUACAGAUGGAGGUCUCACCUGGACAAUUCAUCUGUGGACACACACCGAUGCGCGAAAUGGCCGAGGCGUAUCAAACCGUCCUCGUGGUAGGUGGCGAGGGGGAAAAAUGCCGCCUUGUCGCAGAGGACUAUGGUUUCAAAGACGUGGUUACCCCCGGUGAUAUCAUUAAGUCCAAGCAUGACACAACGCCGUUCCGGAAAUUGACGGAGGAAGAGUAUCGCAAUUCCCGCGAUAGAAAUUUCGACGAGACCACCAUCGAUGCUAUAUUCGUAUUCGCUGACAGCAGAGACUGGGCUGGUGACCAGCAGAUCAUCCUCGAUCUUCUGAUGUCGAAGAAUGGACGCCUAGGGACUCGCUCUGAGACCUUUGACGAGGGUCCUCCUAUUUACUUUUCCCACAACGACAUCGUGUGGUCCACCUCUCAUGAGCACUCGCGCCUGGGAAUGGGCGCACUGCGGACGUCUAUAGAGGCUCUUUACAAGGAACUCACUGGUAAGGAGCUGACUACCGUCGCAUUUGGCAAACCGCACCUCGGAACAUUCGGUUUCGCGACAAGACUGCUUCGCGAAUGGCGCAAGGAGACGUACGGUAUUGAUCAACCGCCAGCCACCGUUUAUUUCGUGGGCGACACGCCCGAGUCCGAUAUCCGAGGUACCAAUGAGUACAACCAGAUCAGUGAUACUGACUGGUUCUCCAUCUUGGUCAAGACGGGUGUCUACCAAGAUAACAAGACGCCGCAAUAUCCUCCUAGGAAAGUUUGUGAGGAUGUCCUGGAGGCUGUCAAGUUUGCAGUUCAGCGUGAGUUAGGCGAGGACCCAUGA